AACAAAAUUUCCUACUCUUUGUAUUGUUUCUGGUGAUAUUUUUUGUUUAUUUAAACCCAGUGUGGCGGCUCAUUUGUCUUCAUGUCUCAAAAUGGGUCGGGCAAGGGCUACCAGUUCUUCGUCUUCCAGCUACAGUACCAACCACUUUCCUUUCUCAAGCACCGCUUCUUCUUCUUCUUCUUCCUCCUCCCAGAGGGACCUCAGCACAAAUCUUCACCUUGGUCUUAGCAUUUCGAUUAGCCCUCCUUAUGCAAGAGAACCGAUGAAGGCAGUUGUAGAAGAAGAAUACGAGUGCAACAGCUCAACAUUUUUUGUCAAGGUUUACAUGGAAGGGAUUCCUAUUGGUAGAAAACUAGACCUGAUGGCUCACGAGAGUUACUAUGAUCUGAUAAGGGCUCUGGAGAACAUGUUCCAUACAAACAUUAUAUGGGCAGAGGCAGAGGUGGAUGGAGAUGAGUAUGUGAAAUGUCAUGUGUUAACGUAUGAAGACAAGGAAGGGGAUUGGAUGAUGGUUGGUGAUGUUCCUUGGGAGAUGUUCUUGUCAGCUGUGAGAAGAUUGAAGAUCAGCAAGUGCUGAAGCAAAAUACAAAGUAUUUGGUUUUAAAAGUAGAUAUCUUGCUGUGUUCUUGUCGAGUGCAAAUUAA